AUGGCCCCGCGCCUCUGCCUCUGCCUCCUGGCGCUGCUGCUCCCGGCGGCCGCCCCGGCGCCGCGGCCGCCCCGCACCGACUGGGCCGCCUGCAGGAGCCUCUCCCGGGAGCUGUCGCGGCUCCUGGGGGCCCUCGAGGCGCCGCACCGCGUCCUGGAGGAGAUGCGGCUGGACGAGGAGGCCCCCGAGGAGGACUGGCCCCCCCGGAUCCGCUGCAGUGACGCCUGUGACCCCUCCACGCUGGACACCAACAACACGCGGUGCCUGCGGCGGAUCCUGCAAGGGCUGCAGCACUACCGGGACCUGCUGGACUCGGACAUGUUCACCGCCCGCCGCCUGCCCUGGCUGGAGACCACCCUGGACAAGCUGCUGGGCCUCGUCCAGCAGGAGCACGGUCCCCCACCCCGGCGCCCCCUCGCCCCCAGCGCCGUCUGGGCCCAGACGCUUCUGCAGCACCAGGCACUCAAGCGGCUUCAGUCCUUCACCGCCGUCAUGAGCCGCGUCUUCACCCACAGCGCCAGCACCCACUGA